GGGAUAUAAUCAGAUGUACUACCGAUAUACUUCCUAAUCAUAGAUGUGUAAACACAAGAUAACCGAAGGGGUGGUUGACAUUCGUCAUGUCGAAUACGCCACUCAUCCCGAUUGGUAACGUAACAGCGUGCACCAAUGCUGACACUCUCGCUCCAGAAUGGGGCUAUAUAGCGGCUCUCGUAGCUGUCGUUUUCUACGGAAGCAAUUUUGUCCCCGUCAAGAAAUUCGAGACCGGAGAUGGGAUGUUUUUCCAGUGGGUGAUGUCUAGUGCCAUCAUCUCUACCGGGAUCGUGAUCCAGCUCAUACGCCAGAGUACAUUCUACCCUCUCGCGAUGGUAGGGGGCGUGGCGUGGGCGACAGGAAAUAUUACUGUCGUGCCCAUCAUUAAGACUAUCGGUAUGGGACUAGGCCUGUGUAUCUGGGGAAUGUCUAACCUGCUGAGCGGCUGGGCUACGGGAAGGUUUGGAUUUUUUGGCAUCACUCCAGAGGUUCCUGAAAAAGUUACACUAAAUUACAUAGGAGUGUCUCUGGCUGUAUUCAGUGCUUUCAUAUUCUCUCUGAUAAAAAAUGAACUUCAGCCUGUGGGCGAGGAGAAUGAUUCACUGGAGGACGAGCACAAACUGCUUCAGGAUCACAUGCCAAAUUACGGCAGUUCCUCGACUGAAACUCUCUACACCACAACAAAUACCCAGGAUAUACUCGUCUUCAACAGGAGAAGGGGUAGUUCAGUAAAUAGAACGGACAUUUCGGGAGGCGAGGAACAGGAUUCUUUCUUCGACAGGAUGUCAUAUACACAAAAAAGAAUCUUUGGUAUCUUGCUGUCUCUGGUAUCGGGAGUACUUUACGGUCAAAUGUUUACAGGAGCAACACGAGUACAAGAUAACGUCAAAGACGCAAGUCAAAAUGGUUUGGACUAUGUAUUCGCCUGUUUCUGUGGAAUCUACUUGUCCAGUACCGUGUACUACUGUAUUUACUCGAUAUUUAUGAAGAAUCGUCCUCGUGUAUACCCCAAAGUUAUCCUCCCUGGCAUCAUAUCAGGUGUCAUGUGGGCGAUCGCUACUACCUCGUGGUUUCUGGCUAACAAGGUUCUGUCAAAUGCCGUGGCGUUUCCGAUAGUGACAACGAUUCCUGCAGUUAUAGCGUCCGUAUGGGGUGUGUUUGUCUUCAAAGAGAUCAAGGGAGCCCGGAACAUUGGCAUCCUCUUGGUUGGAUUUUGUUUUAGUGGAGGAGGCGCAAUAUUGGCAGGACUUUCCAAAGGAAGUGGCAGUAGCCUUCCAAAAUGUUCCUAAACGGCUGUUAUAAGAUACAACAAUUAAAACAAUAGAAAACAGUUUCAAAACAAUUUACAAUUUUUACGUGAACCCAUCAUCAAACAUCUCCUAUCCCGAUACGAUAACUGUAGCCUUUGAUACAUUUACAUACGGCAGUAUUUAGGUUUCACGGCUAAAAACUUUUACUAUCUACACAUUCUACUACAUUUGCUUUCCUGAUUUUCUGUAUUGUAUAUUGUAUGGGAUAUCAUUUGAGUGAACAAAACAUGAAUACAUCAAUAACAAUUUUGCAUGUGAAACAAU